AUGGGUUGGUGGUUUACUUCUUCGGCGUCUUCUUCCAAGAAGAAAAGAUCGAAAAAGUCAAGCUCAAAGACCAAAACUUCCAAAUCCUCUAUACCCAAACCAUCAUUUACAGAUCCCCCAAACGUUUAUCGCCAAGUAUAUCCUCCCCCAGGAUCAAAUCAAUCUGGCGCAGCUCGUCCUGCUCUACCUGCGCCGAAGCCAAAACCAUCACAACAACCGCCUUCAUACCUGUACAGCAAUCAGAAUGCGGCGCAAUCGCAACCUCAAUUCCAGCCAGCGGGUUACCUCCCUGCGCCGCCAGGCUGGAAUGGUUACCAGCAACCAGUCGUGGUAAAUCAUCAUUACCACAUCUCUCACCAGGCGUCGCAAAACCUUGCGCCUGUGAAUCCUCCUCAAUACCACACCAUCAACCAUCAGUCUCAAGCUCUUGCGCCGCCGCAACAUAACCUCUCAUCAAUGCACUCGCAGCCAAACUUCACUUCGUCGUUGAACCGCUUCACAGGGUCAAUGGCAAAUAUGGCCAAGGAAGCAGCCCCGCAACUAUACGACGAGGGCAUGUCUGCUUGGCACGGCUGUACGCAGAUUGCACAGUCGACAAAUGCGCUGUACGACCGCUUUAAUGAUAUCAUGACUUGUAUUGAUCAUGAAAAGCUAUGUGGAAAUGAGAACAAGCUCUUCAACUGCGCGCCGGUUCCUGAACAGCACGUUGAUGAGAAGGGCCUCAACAAGAAAAAGCAUAAGGAUAACAAAGAUAAUAAGGAUAAGCAGUCUUGCAAUGUCGCUGCUUCGGUCGUGUCGGGCAACUACUUUUCCAAAGUUGAGCAAUACGCAAACUCCAAACUACCCAUGGACCUCCACACGCUCUCUUUGCACAUGCCCACUUGGCCUCUCCUAUGUCUCGCAGCCCAAUACUCUCAGCGCGUCUACGAAAAGCCCUCCGGCUCCGAGCGAGAUGCCCACGUUUCGUCCGACUGGCUUGCAGGCCCUAGACAAACCUGCAUCAAGUCCGUAUCCGUCGACAACCGUGGUACCAUCGUCUUCGCCAUCCGUGGCACCGCAAGCUUUAUGGACUGGGCCGUCAACCUCAAAUCGGUACCCGUCAGUCCUGCCAACUUCCUCGAUGAUUCUGGCAAUCUGUGCCACGCAGGCUUUCUGUCUGUUGCCAAGAAGAUGGUCAAGCCUGUCGCUGCGCGAUUGAGACAGCUUCUACAAGAGGAUCCGGCGAGAUCUGCGUAUAGUCUCUUGAUCACAGGCCAUUCUGCAGGUGGCGCGAUCGCUUCACUGCUGUAUUCCCACAUGGUCGCCCAAACAAGCGAGGCGAAAUCCGAACUGAACGUUCUGACGGAGCAUUUUAAGAGAAUCCACUGCAUAACGUUCGGCGCACCGCCAGUAUCUCUCCUCCCACUCACCAAGCCUGACGCUCCAUCCCUCAGAAAGAGUGUCUUCCUCAGCUUCGUCAACGAAGGCGACCCUGUCGUCCGCGCCGACAAGGCUUACGUUAAAAGCCUCCUCGACCUGCUCUCCUCGCCACCACCCUCACAUCACAAGGACACGAAAUCGAAGCAGCGCUCGCGCUCUUCCUCACGCACCAAGAAACCAAAAUGGAAAGUCCCGCCCUGCACACUCAGCAACGCCGGCAGGAUCGUCGUGCUGCGCUCGGGGAACCCUCAUGCAAAACCCAAGGACCGCAAAACUGUUAGAGAAAGGCUCGACGAGGGCGUCGUAGCAGUCACCUGUCAUGAUGAAGACUUGAGGGAAGUCAUCUGGGGCGAUCCCGUUUGUCAUCUGAUGAAUUUAUACGCUGAAAGAAUCCAGGUGCUUGCCAUCCGGUCUGUGACCGCCAAGCACUGA